AAAUGCGCACUUUAUAAAAAUUUUGUUGUGUAAUUAUAAAGUACAUAAUUACAAGCUCAUGUGACAUUCUUUCGGCUAUUUUCCCAAAUAUUUGUCUGAACAACAGUCUCUAAACUUCAUCACGACAAAAAUGACAAAAGUAGCGUGUUUUUUAAUCCUGGUCGCUCUAGUUUUUGGCCAGAUUAAAAGCGAGAGUGCGGUGUUUCGUUUUGCAAAUGUGUUUGGUAGCCAUAUGGUGUUGCAGCAAGCACCAAAGCGCGCAAGUAUCUGGGGCUAUGGCGAAGUCGGCCAAGAAGUGGUAGUUAUAUUUUCCGGGGAUAUGUAUCGUUCGUUUAUUAUUGAAAAAACUGAGGGUAAUGAUAAUGUAGUAGAUGUUUUAUAGUUUUUGCAAAAACUUAAUAUCAAAGUAAUAUUAAAUGUAGUACUAAUUUGGUGGCACAUUGCAGCUCAUAAAUAUCUUGUAUUUUUAUAGGUAAACAAAGUGUAGGAAUAUGGACUGUCAUGCUCAUACCAACCAUGUUUGGUGGUCCCUAUUGUAUCGAAGCACAUUCAAUGGUUAACGGCACAAUGACGACCAUCACUUUGGACGAUGUCAUGUUUGGUGAUGUUUGGAUUUGUAGUGGACAGAGCAACAUGGAGUUUACUGUUGUUAUGGUAUAUUAAUUAAACUAAACAAACCUUAUUUAUACUUCCCCCCAAGAGGUCCAGUAAAUGUCAUCGUAUUCUUGGAUCUGACUUAAUGUCAUCAAUUUUCCGAAUAGAAAUUUUCAUGCUCUGAAAAUUUAUAUAGUCUAUACCCAAAUAUCAGGAUGAAAAAUUGAUGAUGUUAAGUUUGAACAUUGAAUUGAUCAAGUGUUGCUACCAGGAUGAAACCUAAACUAAACUUAUGCUAGAUAGCUCCCCAGAAGGCUAUCAGGCAAACUUUGGCUGUAGAGAUGAAAUCGCACCAUAAACAAUUUCUGAGUUAAUUUCAAAUACAUGUAUGAGAUUUAAUAUAAUUUUAUCUUGUAGUCUGAUAAUGGGGCAAAAGCAAUUAACGAGUCUGCACAUUAUCGCAACAUUCGUAUAUUCACUGCGGAGCUUGAUUGUGAAACGACUCCACAAAUAGAAUUGAAAAAAGUCAGAUUGCCAUGGUCCAGGCCAUCUCCAGGUAUGUGUUGGAACAUGUUUAUAUAUAUUAGGUAUACUCCCCUGUAAUCUUGAAGUCCCCUAUCAACAGUUCCCUUCCUUUUCUCCCACCCAGAGACAGUAGGUGGUGCUGCCUGGCGAUAUUUCUCAGCAGUGUGUUGGUACUAUGGUAUACAGUUGUACGAGGAGUUGAGGUACCCAAUUGGUUUGGUCGCCACAACAUGGGGUGGUACUCCAGUGGAAGCAUGGUCGUCACCUGAUGCUUUGGCAACUUGUGGCAUCAACAAAACAGCAAAAAUUGUGGAUAACAGAAAGUAAUCAUGUAUCAUUCAUAAAUUACUUUAUUAUAUAGUAGAGUGUGAGAUACUGAAAAAUACACAGCGAGAUAUUUUCCAUAUCUUCACUAGUGAAGAUCAAUAUCAAUCACAUGACUUUUCCAAUUUGCUUUUGAGUGUGAAAUUUCACAAUUUUUUGCUUGGGACUGUAUAAUAUUACAGAACAUUACUGUACACCCAUUAAUUAGUUCCAACUUCCACCCGAGAAAUCACAAGUUAGAAAAAGAAAAAUUCCGCUCGAUCCGCAUGCAAAACUCCGCCUAGUGGAAAACUGGCUUUACAGUAAGUUGUUAUGCUGAGAUUGCUGACAGACAAACACAUUGACAGACACACACAAACACAGUUACACAGACACACACAACUACAAAUACAAACACACACAAACACACACACAGAUGAAAACAUAACCUACUGGCGGGAGUAAUUAUAGUCAGACAACUGUGUAUUGUUAACCUGGAACCGAACUGCAAUCUCAUUUAUGGCACAUCAAACUAACCAUGCACGAGAGCCUGUUCGCAGGCUAAACCAUGCGCGUGUGUCACCGACAUCCCAAUAUCGCAAGCCCUGAGCAUUUGAAGACAAAAUUCAAAAAGAGAAAAGGCAGGUUGGCAAAUUUUUGAGAGAUGGAAAACAAAACCGGAACAGUAAAAAAACAGAGGAAAAGACAAAUGGGCAAACCAGUUAACAAAGAAACAAAACGCACAACAAUAAUUUUGAAUUUAAUUCCCAGGUUUGAAACAAAAGAUCUGCACUUAAACGGACCACGUAAUCUGAGCUGUCUUUGGAAUGCAAUGAUCGUUCCUUUCCUCAAUAUGACCAUAUAUGGCUCAAUCUGGUACCAGGGAGAGGCAAAUGCUCAAGAACCAUUGUAUCCAUAUAACUGUACAUUCCCUGCUAUGAUUGACGAUUGGAGAGCAAAGUGGUAUCUCUCAACACAGCAUAAUACUGAUCCGAUGUUUCCCUUUGGUUUUGUUCAGGUGGGUAUUUACUGUAGUCUGUAGAAGACGUCCGGAAAAUAAAUGAGUUUCGUUAGGAACCAUAUUGCGCAGCAGAUGGUGGCGUCUUCCUUCAACGAAUUGAUCUGCGAAGAGUUAUUUCUCAUUCGACACACACACACGUUAUCAGACCUGGAAAAAGUGUUCAAUGUUCAUCGGAUCCUGAAUUUGCCUUUUUCAAAUGUUCCUCAAUUAUAUUGGUUGUAAGAUUGCUGAGGAAACAAACCAAUCUUCAAAUUCUAUUGACAGGAUAUGAAGAACACUUCGCAAUCUCAAAAUCGACUCAAAUGGCAGAUAACUAUUAAAUAUGAUGUUUGCGAUGUUACUCUGAGUGUAUAUCCACACUGGACAUGCUUGAAAAAUAUGAUUCUCAACUAUAAAUUCUCCCUUAAGGCUAAAACUCAGUUAAAGUACGCGUGAAAAAUUCAAAAUGUUCCUCAAUCUUGUUGCCAAGGCAAAUGUUCCUCAGGAUCCAGGAUCCCGAGAUCCCACUUUUUUCCAGGUCUGCAGGUUAUUUGGAGGAAAGUUAAUUUUCGUGCUCCCAUAAGUAUCGACAGUUUUGUAGUUGACCUCCAUAGGUCCAUAUGCUGCCCAUGCAGUGUAACGCUUACCGUUGAGUUGUGGUAGAUUCAUCUACUGGAGUUACGGCAAUAUUACGAUCUGGUUUUCAGCCAAAUACCACGACAAAAUUUUGUUUCUGCGGAAAAUUUUCCUGAGUGGAAAUGGGUCCACGUAUUUAUUGAGUCAAUGUAAUAAAAAUGCCAUUUCAAACUUUCAGCUUUCAGCAGUCGGCGACAGCGCUAAAAGCCAUCCCAAUUUCCCCCCUCUCCGCUGGGACCAGACAGCGCAAUAUGGCUAUGUCCCCAAUGAUAGACAGAAGAGAGUCUUUAUGGCAGUCGCAAUGGAUCUUGGGAACCUCAAGUCACCCUAUGGUAGCAUACAUCCAACUGAUAAAACAGAUGUGGGAAAUCGUCUGGCAUUAGCUGGACUAGCUAUAGGGUAUGGUAGAGAGACAUAUUACACUGGACCACUGGUAUCUACCAUCAAGAAACAGACACAACCACCAAGCAUGGCUCUCCAAGUCACCUUUAAGUCUUUAAAUGGGGAAAUUGAAGUGAGAAGUGAUGCUGGGUUUGAGGUAUUUUUCAAUCUUUUGUAGAUUCUGAAUUCGUAUUUAUUAAAUUUAGUAUAGAAAUUAUCACAGGACACAGAAUAACAAUUAUACUAGGCAGAGUAACAAUAGGACACGAAGUCCCUUAGAAGGUUGAGUUGUAGCAUAGUUAAUAUAAUUAUAUUAACUAUGGUUGUAGUCAAGGUUGUAGUCUGACUACAAAAUACUUUCACCAGUUUCGUCCUGUAUUGGUGUCGACAAUAACCCUUACUGAACCUCCAGUUACAUGCUAGAACUGCUAGAGGUAUCCAGUAUAAAUGCAGUUAGUUUAGUUUAGGUUUCCUCCUGUGAUAACACCAAGCCAAGAUUCGAAGGGUGGCCCUUACUGGACCUCUAGGUAGAACAGUUUAAAACUAAUAGAGCUGUCCAGUAUAAAUUUAGCUAGUUUAGUUGUCAAUGCCUUUGGCUGAUUCGAAAACUAGCCGCCACAAUUUUGCAUUAUUUUAUAUUUUAUGCAUUACCUGGCUAAUAUAAUUUCUUCAACUGGGACUUCUAUUUAAUUAAGCCCUUUGAAAUGUACACAAGCACCAAAACGAGGCUAGUCGGUAUUUUUAACAUUUAAUUUCUCAAAGAGAAUAUGGUAUCAUAUUUAGACUUUGUAAAACUGUUAGUCUUGAAGUAAUCUAUAAGGCGGCAAUGAUUAUCUUGCUUGAAAUUAAUUUUCGGACGAAAAAAGAUUGACAACUAUUGUUCGAUCUUAACCAAUCACAGACGUGUUACCAUUAACCAAUUAAAUGCUACUAUUCGUGAUUUUCAGGUUAUAUAAAUCACCUAAUUGCUGUUCAAAUUUCCAGGUUCAUUGUGAAAAUAGUACUAGUUGGGUGGAUGCACCAAUUGUCGACCAUGGUCCAGUGUCUGUGAUUAUUAUGCCGAGAUCAACAGAUUGUGUUGCUGAUAAAGUCAGGUACGCGUGGAGUGACUACCCCUGCCCCAAGCUGAAGUGUGCUAUCUAUAGUGGGGGUUUACCAUCCCCACCGUUCAUAAUGGAUGGUCCUUUUGAGGCGGCACAGAGCUCACGGCUUGAAAAAUUACUUGAACUGUACGUUUGAGAAUUCGGACUGAUUCAAAAUUUCAACUUUCUAUAUAAUCUCCAGAUAUCAAACAUUUUCAUAACUGCAUAAAUUUAUAAUACUUUUGAGUUUUGUUUGUGGAAACACCAUGAUUUUAUCGCCAUGCAAACCUACAAAGAACUUCUCAUCAAUUUCAUUUCUACAGACUUUAUAUCUGAUUCAAUUUUUUAUUCGCAAAAUUAUUAAUUCAAUUAGGAAUUUUAUAGGAAAUAAGUUAAUGACAAGAGUUAAAUUAAGGUGGUUUAAAUCGUCAAAGACGGACGUGAAUUUUGGUACAUUAGCAGAGAAUUGUGGACAUAAAAUGUAAUAUAAUGUGUUUUUAAUAAAAUAAGUGAAUUUUCAAAAAUAUUUAUAAGAUUGAGUGAUUGACAGAAUAGUUUAAUUAAAAAGUUUGUUUUGGAAUCAAUAUAGUAUACUACAUUAAUAUCUGUUGAACACGAGGAACAAGGAAGAUAUUUCAAGGCGCGGUUAUCUACUUACGGGAAAAAGUUCAAUUGAACAGAAAAAUGGCAAUGUUGUUAUCUUGGCGUUCUACUCAAGUGAAUACUAUAGUUUAUGGCGGCCGUUAAUGUCACUUUUUAAACCUUUUGUCUUACGAGUGGUUGAUUAAAGUAAGCUUUCAUCAAAAUCAAUAGACUCUUCCAGAAUUUGCUUGAUAGCCAGGUGAUCUCGUGUUUGUAUUUUAGCCAAUCAGCGCUCAGAAAGGGUUGUCCGAAUAGAAAUCCCUUUUGAUGUAUUCAGUCAAUUAUAUCUUUCGUUAUUCUUUAUGAAACUAGUUGAAAUUUUGUAAUUAUGUUUGGUUAUGAGAACUACAGCUCUGACAAAAAUUUGGAAUCGAAGUAAAGUAUAUUACAGGAGAUAUUCAGUUGUUUUAAUCAUAAAAUGGAUUUCUAUUUGACAACUAGUGCCAGUACUUUUCCGCGUAUCAAGAUCACCUGGAGUGUGGGUCAUAUUUUGACCUCGGCUCCAGCUCUUUCUGGCUUGCGCGUGUGGAAGUGUUUAUGGACCGAAAUAGAAAAUCACCGCUGUAGUUAUCGAAAGAUAGAUUGCUUACUGCAAACAAAAUGGAUAUAACCGUAUCAUCGGUUAUAUCCUCAUGUCUCGCGCACAAUAGGACUUACCCUGGUUGCCAGAGGUUCUGUAUCUUAUACAGAACCUCUGGCAACCAGGGUAAAUAGGACUAGGCUUGUGAUUAUUAUUACAUGGGUUAUUAUCAAACAGAAAUACAUUCCAAUGCGAAACUUGAGUGAAUAUACAGUGGCGAAGCUGGCCAUGGCAACUGGUCAUGCUAGCUAAUAAACCUACAUCUACAUAUAGGUUAAAGACAAUACAUUUCUAAAGGUUUCAAUAAUGCAUUUACUGAUUGAAUAAUGCAAAUACUGAUUAAACAUUUGCAUAACAUGACCUGUCUCUAUGGGUAGCUUCGCCUCUGUGAAUAGUAAAGUUGCUGUGCUGAGUGGUUAUAUCACUACCUGAAAAAAACAAGCAGAAACUCUACGUUUCGAGCGAAGGCCCUUCGUCAAGAGUUAGUCAGCUUGACAAAGGGCCUUCGCUCGAAACGUCGAGUUUCUGCUUGUUUUUUUUUUACAGGUAGUAAUAUGACCACUUUGGUACUACCCACACUGGUACAGACAGUUUCUGUGAAUAGUACCCUGUUAUGUCACCCAUUAACUUUUAUUCCAGUUUUAAUCAGGCCGUACAGGUAAAUUUCGAUUGUGAUCGCGAAGCCGUUAGCAUUGCCACAAUGUUCAACACUGUAUUUUCAAGUACGCAUUCAGCCGUUCAUUACACAUUAGCACCACUAAAUUAGUUAAUUUUAGUCCUCGGCACCGUCCAGCAAUGAUUCACUAAUUGACAAGUCCCAGUAAUGUUCAACGCCGUAUGUUUUAAGAUACUCUCUUGCGGCAGCCUCGUUUGUACAUGUUUUUAAUUUAAAGUCUGUAAAUCUUCGCUGUUUUUCCGUGCCCUAAAAUAAAAGCAGAAUGGAUUUAUCACUGCUGCCUGGCUGACCA